CUAGCUGCGGCGGGGAUCGAGGAGGCUGCAUGGAGGAGGAGGAAGAGGAUGUCGUCAUGCUCUCGUCGCUGGCGGCGUUCCUAGUCCUCAAUAAUCUCAUAGAGUUGCAUUGUGUAUCGUGGCCUUUACACAUUAGAAACCUUGUGUGGUUGUAAGAGAUUCUCUGCCGGCGACUACAGUGAUGCCCCGCAGCAGAGAGAACGACAGAGUUGCCACAGAAAAGCCAAGGAGUAAGAGGGAAAGGAGAUUGUCCCAAAGGGAAAAUGGAGGGCCUCUAACGAGGGGGAGUGGCUUGAUAAACUGGAGGACCUGAGGAAGUUGCAGCUGCUGAAUCUGAGGUCAGAGCACGAACGAUGGAAGCAGUUGGAGAGAGAGUGUCGUCAGAGAGAGAGAGGGAGAGGCUGAGGGAAAAGAGGGAGGAGAGAGAGAGGCUGAAAAGAAUGGCCAGAGAUAUCUCCAAGCAGUUAACGGUGGUCACCCACCGAGGACUGAGAGAAGGACACAUGAUGAGGUAAAACCACUGGUAGAAGAGAAGGAGGAAGAUGAAUCCCUGCAGCAGGAAUACAGACUGUCAAUUCUUGAACAGCUCUCAACUGUGGCUCUGGACAUGGAGAGGGAGUACUCUAGUCUGGUUGUGGUUAGGAACACGUGUCUCGGAGAAGACAGACUGUCCAGGAGAUACUGGAGACUACAGAGUCUACCAGGUGUAGUGGUCCAGGAAGACUGUUGUCCUGCUGGCAUAGGAAACUGCAGCGAGACGUUCUACAUCAGAUCAUUUGUCCACUACCUACUGAGCAAUGGACAUAAUGUGGCUGUUCUCAACCAUCUCCCCCUCCCGUCGGGCUACGUGCCGACGGUGGAGAACGAGAGCUACCUCAGUAGCGAGGAGGAUGACUUGGAGGACGAGGAGGGAAGUGACACCUCCUACCUGGCCCAGGAGAUUGGUCUGCCGCCCGGUUCCUACGACCCGGCCAUAGAGAUCGACCAACAGACAGACUCAAACCACGACACCGCUCUCACUCUCGCAGCUGCCGGUGGACACGAUGAGCUGGUUGAGCUGCUGAUAUCUCACGGAGCAAAUAUCGAACACCGUGACAAGAAAGGAUGCACACCUCUCAUUCUGGCAGCCAGCGCAGGUCACGCGGUGGUGGCUGCUAUUCUCCUCGACCACGCGGCCGACAUUGAGGCCCAGUCUGACAGAACAAAAGACACCGCUCUCUCUCUUGCCUGCUCUGGAGGAAGACAAGAGGUUGUGGAGAUACUGCUGGCCAAGGGGGCCAACUUUGAGCACCGCAACGUGUCAGACUACACCCCGCUGUCACUGGCAGCCUCCGGAGGUUAUGUCACCAUCAUCAAGAUGCUGCUGAGGGCUGGGGCUGAUAUCAACUCCAGAACUGGGAGUAAGUUGGGGAUAACUCCACUGAUGCUGGCGGCCAUGAACGGACACACGGCUACCGUCAAGCUCCUCCUGGACAUGGGCAGCGACAUCAAUGCACAGAUUGAGACUAACAGAAACACGGCUCUGACUCUGGCCUGCUUCCAGGGCAGACACGAAGUCGUCAGUCUACUGGUUGAGAGACAAGCUAAUGUAGAGCACAGGGCAAAGACUGGACUAACUCCUCUCAUGGAAGCAGCAUCGGGUGGUUACCAUGAGGUGGGGAGGGUGCUCAUUAAUAAGGGGGCUGAUGUGAAUGCUGCCCCGGUACCUAGCUCAAGAGACACAGCUCUUACCAUAGCUGCUGACAAGGGACACUACAGAUUCGUGGACCUCAUUCUGAGAGAGGGAGCACACGUGGACGUCAAGAACAAGAAGGGGAAUUCCCCUCUCUGGCUGGCAGCCAAUGGAGGUCAUCUGGACGUGGUGAAGCUGCUGGUUGACCACGGGUCUGAUCUCGACAGUCAAGACAACAGGAAGGUCUCGUGCCUCAUGGCCGCAUUUAGAAAGGGUCAUUUCAAGGUUGUCAAGUACCUGGUCGACCAUGUCAGCCAGUUCCCGUCAGAUGCAGACCUCAAGAGAUACGUGUCCACCCUCUCUGACAAGGAGAGCCUGAAGAAGUGCCAGAGGUGCAUGGAGGUGAUCAUUGACGCCAAGGAGAGACAGGCCGCCGAGGCCAACAAGAAUGCCACCAUCUUACUCCAGGAGAUUGACCAGGAGAAAAAACACGAGGAGGACAAAAAGGCCGCAGCCGCCAGAAAGAGAGCAAAGAAGAAGAGGCAAAAGGAAAAGAAACAGGCUCUCAAGGCACAGAAAGGAGACAAGGUGGGGGAGAAAGGCGGAGCCGGGUGUGGCGGAGGGGAUUCCCCUCCAGAGGGAGACCAGGCAGACGACACGGCCGAUGAUGUAAUGGCUGAAAAUGGGGAUAUCCCCGAGGAGCUAUCUCCGGUCGAUCGAAUUCCACCGAAAGAGCCACUCCCCCUCGUCCUCCCUCUGGUGAAGAAACAGUCGCCUGUGGAGAGGGAGAAGGCGGGGGGAGAGGGGAGCAGGGGUCACUCGCGUGUCGCCCGACUUCCCUCCACCGGCAGUGUGGCCAGCAUUUCACUGUCUCCGGGGGGUGUGGCUUCACCCGGUGGGGCCACACCCACUUCCAGUCCGAGAAAGUCUAAAAAAGAAGACGGAUGGAAAGAAGUUGGGAAAGAGAACAAAGAAGGUGUCGUCCCGGGCUCUGUGUUUGCUGCAGUGGUUGGAAAGAACAACUCCAACCUCAACCUCAUCAAACAGGCCACCAACACCCACAUAGAGGUGGAGAGAACAUCCAAGACAGCCUCCACGCGAGCUCUGUCAGUCCGGGGGUCCACCGAGGCCAUCAAACAAGCCCAGCAUAUCAUCUCGCUGCUAGUGAAGGAUCCAUCCCACAACAUUGCCAAUGCUCUUCCAAGACACCUGCCACAGCCGUCAUCGCACCAGGUCACCGGAGCACACGGGCACAGACCUCCCCCACCUCCCCAGGAUCACACCGUCACCACAAACAGUGCUGCCCUCCCUCACUCGUCACUUCUCGGAGAUCACAGGGUCCCCCUCUCCUCUUCUCUAUCACUCGCCUCUUCCUCCCUUCCUCCUCCCUCCACCUCUAGAACUGCCCUCCCAAAGAGGAGCAGCGUUCCAACUGCCGUUUCGACGGUUGUUGUCACACGUUCGUCUACCGUCAACAUCUCUCCCUAUUACCUCAGUGAGAAUGGGGAAACCCCUCGGUGAUAAACGACACAGUGUACCGCAAUCUGUGCUGGCUUUGACUGAUCUGAAGACCGUAGUGGGAGGAGCGGUCUCGACCACGCAGACCAGAGUGGCUGCUAGUGUUGUCAGCAGUGCCGCAACGGUCAGAUUUUCGAUGCCUUUGACCCCAACCAGUGGUCCCGUUCGUAGGUUGUUCACUACCACAACCAUCCACAGUGGUACCACACAGACCAUUGCGGUUGUUUCGGUGGCACAAACAACAGCUUUGCCUUCGUCGACUUUCGCAACUGGUGGUUUUGUGCAGCCUGUUGGUAGUAUGGUACCACCUCCCCCUCGGAUACCAUCAGUUGCCACAGUGGUUGGUCCACAACCAGGGAAGCCAAUCCAACCACCCAGUCCAACAAUGACAAACGUGAACAAAACACUGCCAAGCCAUACCGACCACUACGGGUCAAAGUCCGCAAAGACCGAACCGGUACCUACCACAAACACCUACUCUCGUGCAAUCGGGAGCCAUCUGACCAAUCAGGUUUCGGUGACAUCAUCGCCGAUCGAGCAACCACUCCAGCAGAUUAUGAAGACGCCGACCAUAUUCCAGGAACCCGCCAUCCAACUGACGAAGCCGAAGAAGUACUCGGACGCAGUCGGGAAGAAGAUGCACGAAGCCGUGGCUCACUCCGCUGGGAAAACUUCAUUCUCUGGGAACUGUCUCGCCACAGCUGGUGCUCCGUCUGUCGUUCCUCCUCCUCUGCCCCUCUGUUUGCCUCCCUCUCUCACUCCCACCCUCUCCCUCCCCUCUUCUCUUCCUUCCUCCCUCCCCCACCCUCCCAUUGUCCACACUCUCAAUCUUGCUCCCGGGUCGCGACCCAUCAUGACAGACGACCAGACACAGGCUGCUAGUAUGUUCUCUCAGUCUCAGCAGACGGACAGGUUUUCCGGAGCCGUCUGGCUGGACUCAGACAGAAACAUCUCCGACCACCAUCGACAGCCGUAUGACGGAGAAGACAGAUUACCUCCCACCGCCUCGUCUCUAGGGCCUAUUGGCCCCCCGAGUAAAAUUCCCAAACCCCCUAUGGUAGGGGGCCCCCCUAAAUCGGUUUCAACAUCGUCUGUUGGGGGUAGAGGUGAAAUUGGACCCCCAGGAAGGGGGUCUGAGGCGGGGGGUCGGUUCAGUCCCAUCGGGUCUCGAGGCGGAACCAGAACCAGCCCCAGUGGAGGGGGUGUGGUCAACGUGUCGCCACAGCAACGGAGUUCGGAUCCUUCACCGGUUGCCAAGAGUCCUCUGCUAGGCCCCGCCCCUCCUGGGGGGCUUCUCCCCAACUCCCAGAGAAAUUGUACACCAGCAACGUGGGGUUCAGACCAAUCCAACCCCAGAGCUCCUCCUCUCAAUCUGACUUCUCCCUCGCCUCGUCAGAGAGGGUCCCUGACGUUCUCCCCCUCACCCCGACUCCUGUUCGUAACCCCCGCCCCCCUCUCUUGGCCACGCCCCCGGGAUUCCCUCCUCCAUUCCUCCCUCAAGGAAUGCACCAGUCCCCCAUCCACCCCACCAAACAGGCUCAGAAACCUGCCAGUCCUGUCCAACCGCUCAACACCUCGCCUGACAAGAUCUCUCCCAAUAAGAGCCCACCUCAACUCCCGCCUGCUUCAAAGGGGUUCAACCCCAAUGCCCCGACCUUUGUACCCAUGGGUCUUCCAGGAGUGCAGAGACCAGCCAAUCCUCCGCCCACAAGUUCUAUACUUGGAGCACCUCCAAUUUCAAAACUGACGAAUUUCCCACCGCCCCCUGUCGGGUCUUCGAUAUUGGGUUCCGCCCCUCCAAUUGGCGGGGGACCGAGAAUGGUGGGGCCCAAUAUUCACCCCUCGCAGCCGCCGCAGCCUCCCCCCAGCGGAGGCCAGACAUCAAUAUUGGGGCAGCCCCCCACUCCGCCAAUCAAUCCCCACAUUUUCAACCCCCCACCAGCUCUUCCUCCCGGUCAACAAAGUUUCCCCCCGAAGCCCCCAUCACAACCAAUGUUUGGACAAUUCGAGGGAACCCAAACUGCACAUGGAGUUCUACAACCACCAAUGCCCCCCUUUGGCAUUAUUUUCCCCGGAAACCCCCAACACCAGCAUAAUUUUGUCGGGCAACCCAGUCAAAAUUUCACGAGCACAAAGGAAUUUUUACCAGGUCCACUGGAGGGAGGUCAGUUUCUACCGAACCCUAUCUCCCAACAAACUAUGUUAAAUCAAGGGGGCCCCCCACCAGGGGGUUCGAGUGAAAUUUCAAGAUUCGGAGUCCCCCUCAUGAGAGUUGGGAAAUCGGAUCCUGACUCUGCGGACCCCGUUCUGGGGGUAACAACAGGGGGAACCAAUAUUCCCCUGCCCCCCAUGAUGAUCACCACCACCGAAUCCGGGGGUUCGUUUGAAGCCAUGCCCUCCCACCCGCAACUCGUGCGGCCGGGAAACGUGUUUGGAAUGGGGCUGCAACCCUCGCAGCCUGGUCUGAGACCGGUACCGGAACCAGCCCCGCCCACCUCGUCAGGGUCAAUUCUUGGCAAUUUCUCGGGGGGCAACCUCGAUCUGUUCCCGACUUUCCUCCCCAUGAGUGACAGGUCGUCGGGCCCUCCCUCUACUGUUCCCAUGACAACGACCUCCUACCCCGCAGCUAUCAUGAUGGUCCGACCGUCCGUCUUCCCGAGUGCCCCGCCUACUACAACAGGCUCCGCCCCACAGGAACAGCUGGGCGGAGCCAACGAGAGUCUCCUCCCCAUUGGGACAGAGAGGGCUCACAAGGGGGCGGGGCUAGGGGGUGUGGCAAGUGGGAGUGGCUCAACAUCCGUCUCCACUGACUCUGGAUCCAGUUUUCCUAUGCUAGCUCCAGGUAUCAAUCCGUCCAGUGUGUGGAGCUACUCUGGCAGCACUGGAUCUCAUGAAGAAUCCGAUUGGUCGCAACAGGUGGGCGGAGCUUCAGUGACCUCUGACCCCAACAGAUGGCCAGACUCUGUGAAAACCUCACAACAGUCUCACAAUUCCAAUGACAUCACCAUUACAUCACAAGACACUCUGCAGAGCCUGCUCGCAAGGGUUGGGCUUACUGAACACAUGGAGCUUUUUCAGUCCAAUGAAAUAGAUCUGGAAGCUCUGUUGUUGAUGAGUGACAAAGACUUCUCAGAAAUUGGUCUUCCACAGGCUGCACAGACAACUCUGAUGAACUCUCUGGGAAGAAGAACACCGUCUGCGUGAGAGAAGAGGGCGUGGUCUCGUCCGCGGCGAUCAGGGAGACGGGAGGGGAUUCCCUCAGGCAGUCGGACAACAGGAAGACUCUUAUAGCGACUGCCCUCCAUCUCCUAGAUGAGGUGUUGACAAGGCUGUCUGAGUGUGGCUAACAAUCUUCUUCCUCUCCUCUCUCUCCUUCUCUCUCCUCUCUCUGUCUCCUCAACACACCAUUUGCUGUACUAUGAUUCAAGCUCUAGCCACUAGUUAAGUCAGCACGCCUCAGCUGGUAAUAGAGUAACACUCACGCACACACACUGUUGAAAUUACAGA